CCCAGCCCCUCGGCACACUCCACACUCCACACGCAGUGUGUAGUAGCACGGCGCAUGCAGUGUGUGUGUGUGUGUCGUCUGUGUGUGUAGUUGUUUGUAGUAGUUGUGUGUAGCGCGUCCAUUCCGCACGGCUGUGUUCUCGUCUGCUUGCCGCCUUGUUUACCUUCUCUCUCUCUCUUCUCGUGUGGAGCAGAAAACGUGUCCCCCAGAGCACAAUGUCCGCCCGCCACCGGCCAACCGCCCCCCACCCCGACCCACCCCCGUCCUACAGGCACCCUGGACACCUGCAAUCCACCCCCCACCCUGAUGCAUCCCCGUCCUCCGGGGGGUACCCGGGACCCCCGCCCGCCGCCCGAUCCUUCUACGCCCAUCGCCUGUGCCGGGUGGGCAUCCAGCGACAUACCCGCACGACCUUCACCCCCCAGUCGUGGUUCCUGGGUCAGUUCGGCUUCACCGGGUACUACGUCACCACGGGGGGAGACCGGCCGCUGGACAUGAAGGUGGGCGUGUACCUGUGUAGUGGUCACGAGGAGCUGCAUCGACCAAUCAGAUGCCGCGUCACGCUCCUGGGCUCGGGCGAUCAUGUGACGGAGAGGAUGGUGUUGCUGGAGGAGACGCGGGCCAGCGUAGAGGAGUGGAUGAGGGGGGUCACGUGCACACUUCGGCUUGUCACCAUUCCGACAUGGGCCUGGGAUGACGGCAGUCUGCUCUUCCGCUACGACACCGAGUGGUGUUAGUGCCCAGUGGUGUUAGUGAUAGAGUGACCUGUGGUAUGAGUGACCAGCGUGGAGGAGUGGAUGAAGGGGGUCACGUGCUCACUUCGGCUUGUCACCAUUCCGACAUGGGCCUGGGAUGAUGGCAGUCUGCUCUUUCGCUACGACACCGAGUGGUGUUAGUAAUUUAAGAGUGACCAGUGGUGUGAAUGAUAGAGUGACCAGUCCUGUUAGUGACCAGCGGUGUUAGUGAUAGAGUGACCAGUGGUAUGAGUGACCAGCGUGGAGGAGUGGAUGAGGGGGGCCACGUGCUCACUUUAGCCUGUUACACUUCCUGCCUGGGCCUUGGGUGAUGGCAGUCUGCUCUUUCGGUACGACACCGAGUGGUGUUACUGACCUGUGAUGUUAAUGUUAGAGUGACCAAUGGUGUUAAUGACCAGUGAUGUUAGUGAUAGAGUGACCAGUGGUGUUAAGUGAUAGAGUGACCAGUGGAGUUAGUGACCAGUUGUGUUAAGUGAUAGUGACCAGUCUUGUUAGUGACCAGUGAUGUUAGUCUCCAAUGAUGUUAGUUACAGCGAGGGGUGUUAAUGAUAGAGUGACCAGUGAUGUGAAUGGUUCUUGAGCCCUGGACAAGACAAGUGUGACGUCACUGUUCAUGCAAAGAUCUCCUCCGUUUUCCGGUCUUUGGAACUCCAAAAGGCGGGAAUGAGAACAUCCACUAUGGUGUGUAACUUCCUGUUUCCAGUCUGUGGCUCAAAGUGACUUCUUCGACUUGAGUAAUCAACUGUUGUCAACUAGAAAAAAA